UUCUUCACAUUUUUUGCAAAGCAAACUCGGACAUGUACAAGAGUAAUUUUUUUGUUAUUGUAAGGUCUACUUAUCUUUCAAGGAGAAAUACAAGGAGAAAUUUGUAGCAAAAUGAUAUUUUCUCUAAUAACGAGAUAUAAACGUUAUUUGAGAGAGAGAUUUCUAAACAGGCCAUUUCUUGGGAAAGGGAGAGGGAAAAUUAGUUCUCACUGGUUCAUUUGUAUGACAGUUGCCUUUCUGGACACCUUGAAGAGCAAUAGGAUUACCACCACCCCUUAGCAAUAGGGCUUAGCAAGACAUAGACCUCCCCAAAUAAUAACUACUGACAGUCAGCUAAUUUGCUGACUUGAAUCAGAGACAAUUUCCAUGUUACCUGCAGCUAAGAAGCUAGGAAAUAUUUAUUGCUGAAACAUCUUGAAAUUUUGCUUUUAAGAGGAAUUUCUUUGAAAUCAGGUGAUACCAAUUCAAGUGAAUAAAUCACUUAAUGUUCAGCAAAAAUAUUAGAGCAAUUAUUCAGAACCAGCACAUACACAUUUAAAUUUCUUUCUUAACUUAGGUGUGAAGCAAUCAUACAUGGCUCAAUGCCAGAUUUGAAUCUGGUAAAAGUUUCUAAAAACAGACUUAAUUGCUAAAGUAAAUGUGAGAUCGUAUGAGGAAAAGAGGUCUUUUAAGUCCAUUUAAUUAUCAUACCCUUUAAUUUGUUGAAUCUCCUUAAUGUUUCCAUGCGACUUCCCUGACUAAAGCCACGUUAAGCUGUUAAGUCGCUCUUCAGCAACAACAGUGGUUCAUAUGCCUGUCUCUGCAGCGUGCCUAGUUUAGCUUAAAGUGCCAUGGAGAAAGCACUGAUGGGAAAGUGCACAGCGAACACAUGCAGCUGCCUUUACUUUCCAACUUUAACUGUUUUGGAAACAUAGAUUAUCUUUAAUGGAAGACAUAUCUGAAUGUUAAACCCCGUUAAAGCACUGACGUUUAUGCUCUUGCUGAUCCAAUGAUGUUUUCAUUCAUUAGACUUUUGGUAUCCAUUUAAUCUCGUUAGAAAAAAAUAUUUCCUGUAUAGCCACCUCACAGAAGAACGUGUUAUUUUCUUAUGCUACAGUUAUCAGCACUAAGGUCUGUAAAUCUGAUGUGCUGAUCAGAUUUAGAUCUGAUAAGAGCAAAGUAAGAUGUCCAGGAAAAGCUUUGGAAAACUUGUUAAAUCCUGUCUGCUUGGCUGGCCUUAAUACGGGCCCCUUGUACAUGAUCACGUUCUAUUUCUUGUGCUUUGAUCAGUGCUCUUUUGGUAACUUUUCCCCUUUCAUUCAAUAUAGAACCUCAUCAUUUAUUUGCUGCAUACUCUUAAAACCCCACUAUCAGGCAGAACCUUUAUUUCCUCAUGAGCUUUUCCUGGCUAUUCAUCUUGUAGAACCCAAGUGCUUCACUUGGAAAUACUUCAUGGAAAUACUCAUAAUCAUCCAUACCUGACCUUGUUCUGAUUUGCUAAGCAGGACUCGUGCCUGCAGGGCUGUGGAGGACAGAGGGGAUUGCAGGUUGUGCUUCAGCUCCUUUCGGCAGCAUUGUGCAGUGCUUGCAUAGUGUAAGUAAUACGAGAGAGUGGCAAUACUGAAUGAGACGAUUCUGAGAUUUCAUCUUCAGUGUGUCCUGGAUUAACAUGGCUUCUUGUAUGAAGGAAAGGAUAGUUUUUCAUUGUUUUGAGAAAACUGAUGCUUUAAAAAACAAAUCUAGUGUUCAGCAGCAUUUUUGAUGUAUGGAUGCUGACUGUGUUUUUCAUAACUGAAAAUGUGUUGUGUCAAGUAUUAGACACAGCGUGGUAUCCAAAUUAUAUCUCAAAUUAAAAUGUACAGUUUCAGUGACACUUCUGCAAAGACCAAUUAUUUGUGUAUUCUUUCUGUCCUUUAUACAGGCAACACUUAAUCAAGUAUACACAUCACUAAUGUCCAUCCUGCAGAGAAAUGAACUGUGAAAAAAUUCAAGCAAACAUGUUCCAACUGUUCAUACAAAGGAUUGCAUAAGUCAUGCAUUGUGUUUCCACAAAACUUUCCCCACAAUUUGCUGCUGAUCAGCAUGUAGCUCACUUAGUUUCCUCCAAUUAAAAUUUGCAAACAGGAAAGCUUUCCAGUGUUAGCAGACUCAUGUGCUUUCUCAGAGAUUUGGAGUCACGUGUUCCGGGAAUGGCUGGUACACCACUCUGAUACAAUAUAAAGGCAACGUCAAUCACUUUCUCUCAUUUUUUAAUAGCUCCCUUCCAUGGUUCUCUUUCUCCCUCAUUAGAAACUUAAGAUUAAAGGAACUUUACUAUAUUUCAAGUACAGUUUAAUCAAUUUAAGAUGGAUCUCCUUCAUAGCAAUGGGGUGCUUAUCAUUCAGUAUUUACAGAAGGAUUACAGGGCUUACCAGGACUUCCUUAAUUUCAUGUCACAUGUUGGUGAUCCCCGGAAUAUAUUCUCAAUUUAUUUUCCUCUUUGGUUUCAGCUCAAUCAAGUGGUUGGUACUAAAAUGAUAUGGGUGGCAGUCAUUGGUGAUUGGUUCAACCUCAUAUUUAAAUGGAUUUUAUUUGGUCAUCGUCCAUACUGGUGGGUACAGGAAACAAUGAUUUAUCCCAAUCAGUCAAGCCCAUGCCUUGAACAGUUUCCUAUAACAUGUGAAACUGGGCCAGGAAGCCCAUCUGGGCAUGCGAUGGGAUCUUCUUGUGUCUGGUAUGUAAUGGUCACAGCAGCACUUAGCUACACGGUAGGAUGGAAAGAUAAAUCAGCAGUUACUCUUCACAGACUGACGUGGUCAUUCCUCUGGAGUGUUUUUUGGAUUAUUCAGAUCAGUGUGUGUAUCUCAAGAGUGUUCAUAGCAACACAUUUCCCUCAUCAAGUUAUUCUUGGAGUAUUUGCUGGAAUGCUUGUGGCAGAAGCAUUUGAGCAUACCCCUGCUAUUCAGACAGCAAGCUUGAGAAUGUACAUCAAGAUAAACUUGUUUCUUUUCAUCUUUGCCCUUGGCUUUUAUCUAGUCCUCAAACUUCUUGAUAUUGACUUGCUAUGGUCUGUUCCAAAGGCAAAGAAAUGGUGUGCCAACCCAGACUGGAUAAACAUUGACACAACUCCAUUUGCUGGACUGGUGAGAAAUUUAGGUGCGCUCUUUGGCUUAGGUCUUGGUAUUAAUUCUGAAAUGUUCAUCACAAGCUGCAAAGGUAAAAAUAGCUGCAAGAUAAGUUUCCGGAUAUUGUGUACAGCUGCUUCUUUAGCUACAUUGCAGCUGUGUAACUUUGUUAAGAUACCUACUCAUACUGAGUAUUUAUUCUACAUUCUCUCUUUUUGUAAGAGCGCAGCCAUGCCUCUUACUGUAGUUGCCUUGGUUCCAUACUGUGUCCACCUAUUUAUGAGGACAGCUGAAAAGAAGUUAAAUUAAAUAAAGUUUCCAAAUGGUCAGCAAUCUGCGGAUGUCUGUGAACUUUUUGAGAAACCCUCACCACCCAAGGCAGUUUUGCUAACUCAUUUUAACUGGGUGGGGGCAAUGCCACCACAUCUUUGAUGUACUCCUUGUAAGUCAUCAGUACAUCAAAAAUCAGUACAUCCAAGAAUGACCUUGGCAGCUCAGAAAUAUUAAUUGUUGUCUCUAUUCCUAGAAAUAUUGCAUGGAAGGACAACGCAGUAUAGUUUUCUAGCAAUACGCUGGGGUGUGCCAAAGUUUAAUCAACUAGUUUUGUUUAGCUACUUGAUGGUCUUUUAGUUCUGUCCAUCUCCAACCAGGUGGAGCUUCAAGCCCCAGUUGUAUACAGUGGUAUUCAAUAUUCCAUUUUUUUAUAUAUAGAUAUUGUCUUUUAAAAUAUUAGAUAAUGGUGUGACAGUAUCACACCACCUAUAACUGUACAGCUGCACCCAGAUACUGAGAAAAAGGUCAGCAUAGUUAUAAAAAAGGCUUUCUUUAAAUUUAAGUUACUGAUCUUCCUGAGCAAAACAGCUUCUGAUUAAGGAAAAAAAAAAGUAUUUCAGUUAAACUCUACAGAAUAUAUUUUUGUUCUACUGUGUGAUUUUUUUUGUCAUUCUUACUAUUUAAAAAAUGGUCAUAUACACCAUGAAUGCUAAAGAUGACACCUUUGAUUUUCUGAAAAAGCAUGAAUAUGGUGUAACAAAUCUGUGGGUUCUCUACAUCUACAUAGGACAAGUGAAGAAAAGUGUCAGUAGUGAGAUUCUAUGUCAGCAUAUUGCCUCAAGAGUGGUGUUCAUGCUCUCCUGUAUUGCAAAAGUAAUCUAAUUUUCUCCUAUCAAGAGACACAAGCCUGAAUCACUGGUAGUGGUUGUGUAAACCAUGAAAACAGGAUUGAAGAGUAAAUCAUCGCAAGCUUAUAUUUUUGUCAGAUUGGUUUACUCGAGCACAGAAGUAACUAAUAUUAAAUAUUAACUGAUGUUAAAUAUAUGUUUGUUAUAUACAACUGAUGCUGUAAAUAUGUAAAGCCAAGUAUUCUCCGUUUUAUUGAUUGUUAAGCACCUGUUGUUGCAUAUUCCCUUUCGGUGCACAAUCCCUAAGCAAUACUUUGUUGAUACCAACUCAUAAUACUGACAAGCAGCAUAAGGCUACAUUAUGCCCUAAUGAAGUCUGUGCAUGUAUGAUCUGAUAGCAAUAAGGUUGAAAGGAUAUAAGCGUAAUACAGCUUCUAGACUUCCAGUUACUUGUAGGAUGACUGAAAUGGAAAGAAUCUUACUUAAUUGGGAAAACAGUUGGGAAUGAACAUGAUGAUACAAACUACAGAGGCAAGUACAAAACAUGCGUCCUUAUUUAAGAUUCUGUUAAGGCUACUCUGACUUUAAAAAAAAAAGUAAUAAUGUGUUUUUAAAAGACUGGGGAAUACUCUGUUUUAUAUAUCUUCUGGUAUCCUCUUUAAUGAUUCUCUGAAUUUCUGUUUCUUACAGCAGCUGACCUGAAAUCAAUGAAUUUAUAUAAUUAUGACUAUUAAAAAUUUAGGCAACAGUGAGACUAAGCUAAUAGGACUAGAGACAAAUAAUGAAAAAUAGAAGACAACUAUGACAAAGAUUCCUCCCACGUUCAAUUUGCUCUGUGCUUUGUUACUCCUACCAGUGAGGUGGCCUACAGAGGCACCACGAGAUGCAUGAAGGUUGGUGUAACUGUGCUGCUAUUCCUCGCGCCAUACAGCUGACCCUAGGGGAUCCUCCGUACACAGCCCCCUUACGGCUACGGCACCCGUGCCUGGGCCUGCUGGUACACAUACCUAAGAAGACAUGGGCUCUUAUUUGCUCUCUUGAAGUUGGUAAUUAAUUCAACCUGUAACUAUAGCAUGCUAGGGAAUGGGACAAAGACCAGCUUCCUGUCUGAACCGCCUUGUAGUCUUUCUGUACAUAUUAAAACAUUACUUAAACCAAGAACAGAAUGAUAGGAACACUAAAUAAAUUAAACUAUUAAUAAACAAAUUUCUGAAGUUAAUGGUAAAUUGAUGCCAGCAGAACAAGACGCUUCCUGAGAAGCUGUAGUGUGUUGAACUAGAGUCUUGUGCAGUUGUCUGAAGAGUCUCAAAAGACGACUCCAGAAAUUUAAAAACAACUUAGCAUUUUUCCAGCGUGGUAAAUAAACAAGUAGCCUUAGAGUUGUAUCAACUAAAUAGCUGACUCCUCGUUUACAGUGAAAUCGGUCUACAUAUUCCUUACUCAGGCGCUAGUGAAUUUACCACAGUUGACGGUUAUACUUCAAGCCUUAUUUAGUAAGAUUGCAUGGCACCUUAACUAAGAACUCUCAAUUUGUUAAAUGCUUGAACUGUAACUUCAUUAGUCUUUUGCAGCUGUUUGUAGAACUGUUAAUAAUUUGAACAGACACUGAGCUUAUACUUUCUUGAUGAUGGGCUGAGCUACUCAACCUCGUUUGGGCAACAAGGACUGAGCCCCCCCCUUUGAAUUAUGAUUUUUCUACUUAAUAAAGUGUGUGGGCAGGGAGUGCUCCACUUGUCCUCCUGCUUCCAUUAAUGGGAUCCCAGGAGAAAGUUAAUCCUGUAUUCCUGACAUGGAGGUGUCCCCACUGGGAUAAUGCAAUUCUUGAAGUCCUUCCAUCCCUCUUCAGAAAAGACGCUUGCUAGCCACCAGUAGUUGAGUCAUGCAAAGUAGCAGUUAUAAACAAAGGUGGCCCUCGCUCUUCAUACAAACAGGUGGACAAAUUGGUUUUACAUCCAGUUCAUAUUACUCACUUCUUCUAACAGGCAGCUCUUCCAUUGCUCCUCCCCUGUUACUCCUUCCUGAUGGGAAGACUCUCCGUGGCCACAGUGAGAGUGUUCCUGCUCCAGGAGCAGGCGCUAUAUUUGCAGAGCG